AAUUCGCGUAUGGAUUUGUUUGCAGGAGCACCGUUAGCACCUUUCGAGGUUGAUUCCGUAUAUGAUGAUCUUGAUGGCUCUGAAUCAUCCUCAUUGGUAGCUGACGCGAGUAAUCAAAUAAAAAAAGUCCUAUCGAUUCCAUUUGAGGGCAGCUUCUUCUCUUUGAGGACUCGCUCACUGACCUUGUAGGAAAUUUCGAUGAGAAAAUAUACCAUUGUUUUGAAAACUUUGAUUUUGAUCCUGAAAAUAAUCAAUCACUUAGUGUGUCAACGAAUGUUGCAACUUUGAAUGAGGUCAAGUAGGUGUGUUGUGCCAUAUAAACAUGUUAGACAAUGGUGGGCAGCAGCUACUACGGAGCUUGUACCCAGUGAAUCCUACCCGCUUCAGAACUUACCAACUAAUAUCAAUUCAUAUGACCUGAACCAGUUCGAACUUGCAGAUGCUGACGGAAUAACAGAAGAUGAAAUCAUCAAAACGAGUUUAAUACAAAAAAAUAAUGUUGUGCAUUAUUCAAAUGAAUCUGUUUGCUCUGCUCGAGGUACUGUUACAACUUUAUCCUUAUCGUCCAUAUCAGUAAGUCCUCGUUCACUGACACUGGAUCGAGUUUCUCUAACUGAAUGCUCCCAAACUCCGGUUGUUGCAUAUUCAAGCACUGAUAACAAAGCUAACGGUAUUUGUUUCGAUGGGGUUGACAAUGACCAAAGUGUUCUUGAAAUGUUUCAGUCUCAUCAUCCUUCUCUUCCUUUAAAAAAAACUCAAAGUUGGAUUGAUGAUCUUCAGAAUUUGCAAGUCAGCGUCUUACGACUUUAUGUUCAACAAAUGAGUAGUGAGAUUAUGCAACUUUCAGAUUGUUUGGUUGAUUCUUUGGCGGAACGAGAUGAACUAUCAAUGCUACGAGAAGCUAGCGAUGACUUCAUUGUACUGCUUAGUUUGGUGCACGAGCGGAAAAGUCGAGCAUCCAAAGCAGCUCUCUUAGCCACAGCUAAAAAUCUUAUCCGUUCAAAAACUUUAUUUCGUGUUACCCCUCCAUGGUUUACCAGACGAUGCCUUAUGUCAGCUUCCAGCACAUUUUCACUAAAUGGAUCUCUACCUCCAGGGAAGUCAGUCACUAUGAAACCUGUUAGAAAUGAAUCAGUUAUGAAUGUUCCAGCGAAUUCGGUGCAUUUAGAUUUGGAAAAUAAUUCAGUUGCUUAUGUUGCAUCUCUUAAUCUGCACUCAAAAUUAAGGCGACCUAGAACUCAGCCAAUACCACAUAUUCAUGUAAACAAUUGUUCAAAUACUGCAAGAGUGUCAAAUUCGCCAGCCAAUUCAGUUGAUUCUAAAUCACCAGGUGAACCACUAUCAUGUGAACGUAUUGUGUUAUCAGAAAGUAUACCACCAAUGCCAGUCAGACAAGCAAAGAUACGCUAUGAAGCCCUGGUAAACAUGUGUAACUCUACAAAUUGGCCGAAUGGCAAGCCUCAAAAUAGUCGAUCAUUACUUUUACGUUUACCCUAUCGAAUUCACCCCAGUGUUGGUAUUUCAAUACAGGAUCUACGCUUACUGAAUCAAAUUCUCUAUGCUACUGUUCUUGAAAUCCGAAAAUAGAGAAACUCCUUGAAAGCUACAUAAUGCAUUUUACUAAUACUAAUAACAUCGCUAACUGGGUUAAAACCGUUGAAGCUCCACGGUAUCCUGAUUCUCAGAAGAUAAAGGUCACAUCAUGCCAAGAUCAAAGUCAUCAUCACCUUCUACAGACAUCGAUGCAAACACAAUGCGUUUAAAGUCUUUCAUUUGCCUUCUCGUUUUUCAUCAUGCUUCCAACUUAUUUUGCGAAUACUGUUGCUUAUCCAAACUAAAUAUAUUUCCUUUCAAUGCUUGGUGUGAAUCUCAUGUUAACAUCAAUAUAGAAUGCCAACUAGUUAACAGUGAAUAUUUGCCAUAAUAUGCAUUUUUCUAUCAACUUAUUUUAUUUUUGUUUGUACUUAUUUUCUUUGGCUCUCUGGCUUUCUUUUAAGUUGUGCAAUAGCUACAUCACAAUUAACAAGCAUCAACGUAUGCGUAAAUGUUAUUAUUUGUAACUUUUUUCAUCUAACCAGCAAUUUUUGUUUGAAGUCUUACUCUCAUUGUUUUUUCCAAUGCCCAGUAAGUUAUCAUGUUAUAUUUGUGUAUUGUUCGAUUCAAAUUUCACCAUGAUUUCUUUAGCUACCGUUCCGUUUACUAGCUUUUGUUUCAUCAGCAGCUACGUAAAGUCUACUCUGCUUUUUAAUUAUUACAUACUCAAUACAGAACAGCUAAUGAGGUGUUCAUCAUUUUAUUUUUGUGUUCACAAUACUCUUGAGUAAUAAAAUAAUGACUGUAACCAUUAC